AUGUCUGGCUCCACACCCACCCCGCCCCCUCUGCUAUCUCUGGCUCCACACCCACCCCGCCCCCUGCUAUCUCUGGCUCCACACCCACCCCGCCCCCUAUCCUGGCUCCACACCCACCCCGCCCCCUGCUAUCUCUGGCUCCACACCCACCCCGCCCCCUGCUCCACACCCAUCCCUGGCUCCACACCCACCCCGCCCCCUGCUAUCUCUGGCUCCACACCCACCCCGCCCCCUACUAUCUCUGGCUCCACACCCACCCCGCCCGGAUGUCUAGAUAGACCAUACGAGCAUCAUGACAACCAGACACCAUACCAGCACCAUGACAACCAGAGACCAUACCAGCAUCAAGACAACCAGAGACCAUACCAGCAUCAAGACAACCAGAGACCAUACCAGUACCAUGACAACCAGAGACCAUACCAGCAUCAAGUCAACCAGAGACCAUACCAGCAUCAAGACAGCCAGAGACCAUACCAGUACCAUGACAACCAGAGACCAUACCAGCACCAUGACAACCAGAGACCAUACCAGCACCAAGACAGCCAGAGACCAUACCAGCAUCAAGACAACCAGAGACCAUACCAGCAUCAAGACAACCAGAGACCAUACCAGCACCAUGACAACCAGAGACCAUACCAGCAUCAAGACAACCAGAGACCAUACCAGUACCAUGACAACCAGAGACCAUACCAGCACCAUGACAACCAGAGACCAUACCAGCACCAUGACAACCAGAGACCAUACCAGUACCAUGACAAACAGAGACCAUACCAGUACCAUGACCACCAGAGACUAUACCAGCACCAUGACAACCAGAGACUAUACCAGUACCAUGACAAACAGAGACCAUACUAG